AUGGCCUCUCAGCCUCCCGUUCAUCAGCUCUACAAACGUCUUGAAACGGUCGGUAAGGGUGCUUACGGGUCCGUUUCAAAGGGCGUACACAUUCCCACUGGCAAGGUCGUUGCUCUCAAGAUCAUAAACCUCGAUACUCCUGAUGACGACGUGGAAGACAUCCAACGCGAAGUCUCUCUCUUGACGCAGCUUCGAGAUGCUCCUAAUAUCACGCAGUAUUACGGUUGUUACAUGGAUGGCCCUCGUGUGUGGAUUGUUAUGGAAUUGGCUCAGGGUGGGAGUGUACUGUCGUUGAUGAAGGCUUCUCCGGACGGGUGCUUGGAAGAGAAGUAUGUGUCUGUUAUCAUUCGCGAGGUCCUUGUUGCUCUCAGUUACCUCCAUAAAGUCCCGGUUAUACAUCGAGACAUGAAGGCAGCCAACAUUCUAGUGACAGCAACCGGGAAGGUCAUGAUAUGCGAUUUUGGAGUUUCUGCUCUUCUCGCGACAACUUCCAGUAAACGAAAUACUUUGACGGGAACCCCGUAUUGGAUGGCUCCAGAGGUUGUCCAGACGACCCCUGCUUACGACACAAAGGCCGACAUUUGGAGCUUGGGUAUCAUGAUCUACGAGAUGAUUAAAGGCAGCCCUCCUCAUUCCCACCUUGACAAAUUUACGGUCAUGGACCUGAUUCCGCGUGCAAAACCACCUCGCCUCAUGGAUAACGAGGGUAGCAAGGACAUGCGAGAUUUCAUGUCCUUUUGUUUGAAAGAAGUUCCAACGGAACGUCUUCCUGCAGAUGAACUUUUGAGAACGAAGUGGAUAAAGUCCGUUCAGAAGGUUCCGGUAUCUUUCUUACAGGAUCUGGUUCGCCGUUUGCAGCAAGCAGGCCCAAGAGCUAGUUUGGCCGGACCUUUAGACUGGGAACAACAGGAGUUUGGUGAUCGUGAUAUCGAUGAAGAAUUGUGGGAAUUUGAAACCGUCCGGGGCAGGCCAACUCAGCUCACCACCGAAGAGGAAUUCGAAACAGGCAUGACAGAACGGUCACAUCCACAGGCAACUAUUCACACGAAUUCCGCCAAUCCUCUACCUUCUUCGUUACGAGGUUUGUUUGGGGACGACCUGUCGAAUAAUCAGAAUAAUAUCCGCCCACCCGGCUUUGUGACACCCAACGCCGCCAGUCCACCCCAUGCGCCUUCACCUUCACCCUUGCCGACGGCCACUCGUGCACCAAAACAACCACUUUUUUUGGAAAUCAAUGAUGAAGAGAGAACCCAUACAAAUAAUUUUGUUUUUCCCCGAUCCGGAGCACGUUCAAAGUUGCAACUCGCCAGUAAUACAAAUUCUCCUGACGAUGAGGCACUACCAUCCCCAGAACAGAACUUGACACUACACAACGCUAGCACUAUCGACGACCAUUCUCCGGCAGAUGACCGUGAUUCAGACUCACCGCUGACCGCUGGCACCGUCCGAUCCUAUCGUGAUAUUCGCUCUUUACGAGGCUUGCCCGAUAUCGCAAUACCCCCUCCUACCACCAAUGGUGCAGCCAUCAAUAUAGCCAGUACCCCCCCUUCGGAUACCCCCUCAUCAGUCAUGUCGGCAUCCUCUCCAGAUUUAUUUGCUUCAAUCCCCCGGCCCGUCAUCACACGAAAGCGCUCGAAGAGUAAUGCGGAUGGCUUCAACGCACGCACGGGCGGCCUUUCUGUACGGCGAGACGUGGACAUGAACCUCGCCACAGCUGGUGCUUUUCAGUUCCCGCCAUCCACCAAGGGCUCGACCUCAUCGUCGACCUCAACCCCGGUGGUUGUACCAUUGCAAUCAACCAGAAACUCUCCCAAUCAUUCAAGCACGCAACAUUCGCCCGUUGUCCAUCAGGCUGCGUAUUCAUUGGAUGCUCCGGGGCGUCGUUAUGCGAACGCCAGUCCACGCUCUCCACCCUCUAUCUCGAGGACUCGAUCGGCUACGACACUCCCUGAAAAUGCCAUGGCUGCAGCAAGUCUUAGUGGAACAGAACUGGCCGAUUUUCCCCUUGUUCCUCCUGUCAAGCCAUUCGCAGAACAACGGAGGAAUCGAAGCGGAAGUGACUCCAGUUCUUCUAGUCGAACCGCCAUUAAUCUUGGGACCCCAGGACUUAAGGACGUCAUAAAGAUACCCUCACUAUCAUCGGAACAUCAACUAGGGCUUUCCGACCUAUUACCCCCUUCCCCAUCAACCGUCGUCAAUCCUCGAACUUUUGCACCUACACCCAGCCACCUUAACCCUUCGGUGGCAUUGCCAUCGCCUUCGAUAAUACCACUAUUAAAGGAGAAUGUAAACGGUGCGCCAGGCUCUUUUGCGUUAGGAUUGCCACGAACGAGUUCGCCUGCACCGCUGGAUCAUGAAGUGAACGCACAAUCCAAUCAGAGCGCUACCCUCUCCCAACAGGUAUCUCAUGCACGUGUUUCUUCAGUAUCCCACCAUCCAUCAACAUCUGUAACUUCAAACUCAUCAUUCAGCGGCAUUCCGGCCUUCACAUCGUUUGGUUUACCAGUUUUGCGCCCUGUAGACUUUGGUGCGCUAAUGACGACGGAGUCCACGCAUGCUGAGUUAGCAAGGACAAUUGAGGAUUUAGCUAAAUGUCUAGCUGUGGUGGAAAGUGGCCUUAGCGGGAUUUUGGAAGUUCAGAAUAGCCACGUCGAUCCGAUUGAGGAGGAGCAAGAGGAUUCCGGGAAUUUCAGUGAGAUUGACGAAGAUCCCAUUCACGCUGAGGCUGGUGUGAUUGACCUCGAGACUAACGUGGGUUCGGAUGUUGAUAUAGGGUCUUAUUUCCCGCCUGGUGCGGUACUUAACGAAAGAAGUGGAGGCGGGAUAUUGGCCGCUGGGUAA